UUUCAACAUGGCCCCAUACUAUCAGCUCCUCGGGAAGAGGGUCCUGGAGGCCGCAGAAACCCAUGUCCAUAAACGAGACCUCACCGUCAACCACACACAGUCGGUGACGCUAGGGGUAAUGGGUGCCUAUGUGGUGGUCAUCGCUCUAUUGUGGAACUUGCCCUAUGUUCGGUGGUCCUUGUGGCCAUUUAAAAUGUUGGUAAUCGCCUUCCAUGAAUUCGGCCAUGCUAUCAUGGCAUGUUGCACCGGAGGAAGAGUCAAGUCCAUCGAGCUUGACCCUCACGAAGGCGGCGUGACGCGCAUGCAGGGCGGAAUCAGCGCCAUUACGCUGCCCGCUGGCUACCUGGGGUCGUCAAUCAUUGGCGCCCUGCUGAUCUUCGCGGGUUUUAACAUCGUGGCGAGCAAAGUCGCCAGUAUCGUGCUCGGCGUCUGUUUCUUGCUCACGCUGUGGUGGGCGCGCAGGGAUUGGCUGACUAUCGUCACUGUCCUGCUUGCUGUGGGACUGCUGGUUGCGUGUUGGUUUAUUGCGCAUGGCGAGGCGUUGAGAUGGGUUGUGCUUUUCAUCGGUGUCAUGUCCGCUUUAUAUAGCGUGUGGGAUAUUUGUGAUGACCUGAUCAUCCGAAAAGUGAACACGUCGGAUGCCAGCGUCUUCGCUCAGCGGUACGGCGGCUCCUCUCGCUGCUGGGGCGUGAUCUGGUCCCUUAUUUCUAUUUUGUUCAUGGCUAUCGGCAUCAUUGCCGGUAUUGCUGCGUUCCCUGAAAACUUCCAGGAACAGCAGGAUGACUCGAAGAAAUUCAUCCCAACCAUUUGAUUUUAUACUGUGUUGUUCUAAUCCUUCUUCUUUCUGGGUUUUCUUUCUUCUCCUACUCUUUUCAUUGCCUUAUGCUUUUUCUUCUUUUCUUAUCCACCAUGUUUCUUUUUUUCUUUUCUU